GCCCUUCGGGAUGAUGUCAUUGUGAUCCAGAGCAGGAGGGGCGAGGCGGACAGCCGCUCAUCCACCGGUAUCAUGGCUUCCUAACCGGAGGGGGAAGUGACUGAGAGGAAAGCAAGGACUUUUCUCUGUUGAAUGCCCGAAUUACCACUGCUCUUUCCAGAACCCGAGAUUUAGGACAGAGGGGUUCGGCCUCCCGACUCUCCGCCACCGGCCGCCCCUGGGAUCCAGGCUCUUAUUUAGUUUUCGUAUUGGUGAAUUUCCAUUCGUAAACCGUGGAAGAUGGCCGACCCGGCGGAGUGCACCAUCAAAGUGAUGUGCCGUUUCAGGCCCCUGAACAGCUCCGAGGUUACCAGAGGCGACAGAUACAUUCCCAAAUUUCAAGGGGAAGAUACUGUCGUUAUCGGGGGUAAACCCUACAUGUUUGACAGAGUGUUUCAGUCAAAUACAACACAAGAACAAGUCUACAACGCUUGUGCCCAAAAGAUUGUAAAAGAUGUUCUUGAGGGAUACAAUGGGACAAUUUUUGCUUAUGGACAGACGUCAUCUGGGAAAACACACACCAUGGAGGGGAAUCUCCAUGACACAGACUCAAUGGGCAUCAUCCCCAGGAUAGUACAGGAUAUCUUCAACUACAUAUAUUCCAUGGAUGAAAACCUGGAGUUUCAUAUUAAAGUUUCAUAUUUUGAAAUCUACUUAGACAAAAUCCGAGACCUUUUGGAUGUGUCGAAGACCAAUUUAUCAGUGCAUGAAGAUAAAAACAGAGUACCUUACGUCAAGGGCUGCACUGAGAGGUUCGUGUGCAGCCCAGAGGAAGUCAUGGACACAAUUGAUGAAGGCAAAUCUAACAGACAUGUAGCAGUCACAAACAUGAACGAGCACAGCUCCAGGAGUCACAGCAUCUUCCUAAUAAACGUUAAGCAGGAGAACACUCAGACGGAGCAGAAGCUCAGUGGGAAACUCUACCUGGUGGAUCUGGCUGGUAGUGAAAAGGUUAGUAAAACCGGUGCAGAGGGAGCCGUGCUUGAUGAAGCCAAGAACAUCAACAAGUCUCUGUCAUCUCUGGGAAACGUCAUCUCUGCGUUGGCUGAAGGAACGGCCUACAUCCCUUACAGAGACAGCAAGAUGACCCGUAUCCUGCAGGACUCUCUGGGUGGUAACUGUCGAACCACCAUAGUGAUCUGCUGCUCACCUUCCUCCUAUAACGAGGCUGAAACCAAAUCUACCCUUAUGUUUGGACAAAGAGCGAAGACUAUUAAGAACACAGUGACGGUGAACAUCGAGCUGACGGCAGAGCAGUGGAAGCAGAAAUACGAGAGGGAGAAGGAGAAGAACAAAACUCUGAGGAACACCAUCACCUGGCUGGAGAACGAGCUCAACCGCUGGAGAAACGGAGAGAGCGUUCCCGUGGAGGAGCAGUUCGACAAAGAGAAGGCGAACGCUGAGGUGCUGGCUCUGGACAACAUCAUCAAUGAAAAGCAGGCCUCUACGCCCAACGUGCCCGGCGUUCGUCUCACCGACGUAGAAAAGGACAAGUGUGAGGCGGAGCUGACGAAGCUUUACAAACAGCUGGACGAUAAGGAUGAAGAGAUCAACCAGCAGAGCCAGCUGGUGGAGAAGCUGAAGCAGCAGAUGCUCGACCAGGAGGAGCUGCUGGCUUCCUCCCGGAGGGAUCACGAAAACCUGCAGGCGGAGCUGAACCGCCUUCAGACGGAGAACGAGGCGUCCAAGGAGGAGGUGAAGGAGGUGCUGCAGGCCCUGGAGGAGCUGGCUGUCAACUACGACCAGAAGAGCCAGGAGGUGGAGGACAAGACCAAGGAGUUCGAGUCCAUCAGUGAGGAGCUCAGCCAAAAAUCUUCCACCUUGUCCUCUCUGGACUCUGAGCUCCAGAAGCUGAAGGAAAUGUCCAAUCACCAGAAGAAGAGAGUGACUGAGAUGAUGUCAUCUCUGCUCAAGGAUUUGGCUGAAAUUGGAAUAGCUGUGGGCAGCAAUGACAUCAAGCAACACGAGGGCGGCAGCGGCCUGAUAGAUGAGGAGUUCACAGUGGCUCGUCUCUACAUCAGCAAGCUGAAGUCAGAGGUGAAGACGAUGGUGAAGCGCUGCAAGCAGCUGGAGGGUAUCCAGUCUGACAGCAACAAGAAGAUGGACGAGAACGAGAAAGAACUGGCCGCCUGUCAGCUGCGCAUCUCGCAGCAUGAGGCUAAAAUCAAGUCCCUGACUGAGUAUCUUCAGAAUGUGGAGCAGAAGAAGAGGCAGCUAGAGGAGAACGUCGACUCGCUCAAUGAGGAGCUUGUGAAGCUCAGCGCUCAGGAGAAAGUUCAUGCAAUGGAGAAGGAAAAUGAGAUCCAGACUGCUAAUGAAGUUAAGGAAGCGGUGGAGAAGCAGAUCCACUCCCACCGUGAAGCCCACCAGAAACAGAUCAGCAGCCUGAGAGAUGAGCUGGACAACAAGGAGAAACUCAUCACCGAGCUGCAGGACUUGAACCAGAAGAUCAUGCUGGAGCAGGAGAGGCUCAAAGUGGAGCACGAGAAGCUGAAGUCCACUGACCAGGAGAAGAGCCGCAAGCUGCACGAGCUCACGGUGAUGCAGGACAGACGGGAGCAGGCCAGACAGGACCUGAAGGGGCUCGAGGAGACAGUGGCAAAAGAGCUGCAGACUCUCCACAACCUCAGGAAACUCUUUGUUCAGGAUUUGGCCACCAGAGUGAAGAAGAGUGCGGAGAUGGACUCUGAUGACACAGGAGGCAGCGCGGCACAAAAACAGAAAAUCUCCUUUCUUGAGAACAAUCUUGAGCAACUCACCAAGGUUCACAAACAGCUGGUUCGUGAUAAUGCAGACCUGCGCUGUGAGCUUCCAAAACUGGAAAAACGUCUUCGCGCUACGGCUGAACGGGUCAAGGCUUUGGAAUCUGCACUGAAGGAGGCAAAGGAGAACGCCGCACGCGAUCGCAAGCGCUACCAGCAGGAGGUGGACCGCAUCAAGGAAGCCGUCCGGGCCAAGAACAUGGCCCGGAGGGGACACUCGGCCCAGAUCGCCAAACCCAUCCGGCCCGGACAGCCACCAGUUGCAUCUCCAACCCACCCCAACAUCAACCGCAGUGCAGGCGGCUUCUACCAGAACAGCCAGCCGGUGGCCAUCAGGGGAGGAGGCAGCAAGCCUGACAAGAACUGAAGAGCCGCAGAAGAAUGACACCACAGAAGAAGAGCAACGUCACCCACCUGCCCACCCACCCGACAACCUGUCAUUCCAUUACAGCAAACUGGCGCCGCUGCAGAGCCAUGAAGGAGUUUUGGAUUUAUAAAUAUAUAUAUAUAUAUAUAUAAAUAUUCCCGGCCUGUACAGCUCCCUAAACACUUCCACUCACCCCUCACUCCUCCAGUUCUCAAAAUGAAUAUCUCUCUUUCUCUUAUGCCAUAUAAUAAUUUAAAUAAAUGAAAAGAAACAGCAAUUUUAAUUUACAAGAAGCAGGAUAAUAUUCUUAUUCAGCAAACCAAACGGAGUCUCGAGUGCAGCCUUUUCUGUUUGUUUUUUUUUUUUGAGGGUUUUUUGGCGAGCGAAACCGUGCACGAUCUCGAAUGUUUAGCUUCGGUUUCGUUUUUGUUUUGCACAGUCUGUCGUCACCCGUCGUCUUCGUGCGAGUAGUUCUGCACUGUGCCAAGCUGAAUGUAAACGGUAGCAAGAAAACAAACUCCUAAAAAAAAAAAAAAAAAAAAAAAGACCAAAAAAAAUGAAGAAAAUAGCUCGACCUUAUAGGCUAACUUCUGUACAUUUUAUUACGACUUCUGCGUUAACCACAGUUUUCUCUGUAUAGAUUUUACAUGCUUCAUAAAGGAGGAAAUUAAACUUAUUUUGUGUCGAGUAGAAGGUGUCGAACACUACUGUUUCUGUGCUUGUACAGAUGUAAAAUCGGCACUACUGCACACGUUUCCCCGGAGAGAAAACUGCAAGGAAACGGCUUAAAAAAAAUUUAAAAAAGAAGGAUUUAAAAAUAAAAACUAUAAUAAUAAUGAAAAGGAAAGCCGUGCAACAGUUGUACUGUAGAUGUAUUUAACUAAAUACCUGUGGAGGCCAUUUGUUUUUAUCAUUAAGUUAAGUUAAAACUAUACUUGUUGGUGGCUUCGUUGGAAGGAUAUGAAAAAUGCAAAUGAGGGAUGAAGUGGGAAAAUAAGAAUGAUCUGGUUAACACAGCAAACUUCCACCCUUUUAGCCUACACAAAGUUGCUAAAUGUAAUGUUUUUAACUAAUAUAAGUGGAUAUUGUCGCUGUUAAUAGACUCUAUUUAUGUAUCUCAGCACACAAACUGCAGCCGAUUAGACAGAAAUUGACACAAUCGUCGUCGUCCAGGAGCUAAAAAAAUAAUUUCUCUACAGGGGUGCCUCGCUUCUUCAAUCAUCUUCUUCCCUACUUUUUCUUCGUUUUUUGUAGAUGUAAGACCUGUUUUAUGCUGGGUUUUAUGUGCUGUUAUUGUUCAAUAGAUGGUAUAGAUGUUUGAUCGAUACGUUUGGGAAAUGAGUUGAUGGAUCGGAUCCUCGCUGCUGAUCAGCCAGUCAGGAAAAGCGGGGUCAAAGGAAGGAAAAACACAAAUUGCACAUUAAUCUUAUGUCGUCACAUCGGUAAAAAAAAAAGGGUUUAUUUAACUGAAACUAACCAGCGGGUGUAGGAUUUUUUUUUUUUAGUGUUGUAUUUGUUGUAUAUUUUUUAUUUUAGUUUCCACCACGUUUGUUUUUUUUUUUUUGUGUGUGUGUGUGUUAAUCCUUUAAAGCCCCAGUGCAUUGGCGAGAAAGCUGAACCCCAGCAUGAGAACACUAACACCUUGCCUAAGUGCAAUAUACUGUAAGAUACACUGUAUGCCGGUCAGUUUGCUCCUGCCACUCCUCUUUUUGUUUCUCGCUGAAGGCUUCUUUCAUCACUAGAAACCUGAAACAGCUGUUUUUAAUGCUGAGACGAAGAAAAAAAAGGCUCCUUUUCUGUCGUUUAAUUAUGAAAACAGUUGAAAGAAUCCUGAAUUGAGAGGAAAAAGUGAGAGCAUUGAAGCAAAUCCAGCUCCAAAGGGAGGAUGGUGUCACGUUGAGACAGGAAAGUCAGGUUUUCUUCGCUCUAUUCUGAGAAGAAAACAAAUAAAAAAAAAAUUAAAAAGCACUCCAUUAUGCGGCUGUUUUAGCUUGGAGGUGUAAAGAAGUUUCCAAAGCCUUGUGAAGAGAAUAAAUGGCUGUCAUUGUGUUUCAAGAGGUGCAGAGAGGAAUAUCUAGACAUCUGUGAUAAUCUGGACUACACUGCAAAAACACAAAAUGUUAAAUAUUUUUGGUCUAGUUUCUAAUUCAAAUAUUUUAGGACACUUGGAAUGACUCAAAAUUAAUUCAAAAGUAACUUCACCAGGAUACAGGAGCUUGUUGUAAGUAAAUUAUUUCUUAAUAUCAACAAAAAAGUACUAAUUCCAUUGGCAGAUUAUUUCAUUUAUAACAAAUGAAAAAUGUAUUAAAAGUGAAAUAAUCUGCCAAUGAAACUAGUAUAUUUUCAGCAAUUUAAAGGUAUUAUUGACUUAAAACAAGCUGCAAUAUCUUGCUAAAAAGUUGCUUAUAAGUUGUUUUUUUUCUUAUUUCAAGUGUAUUAAAAUAUUUGCACUAGGAACUAGACCAAAAACACUUGGUAAGAUAUUGUGUUUUUGCAUUGUAGAUAAAACUUCUGAAUUGUUAACCUUAAAAAAUGUUUAUCUUAUGAUCUUCCACCAAAAACUGGAUAUGAAAUGGGUUGCAGAGAUCACUUAUGGUGUUUGUCGAAAUUACGUUUUUGCAUUGAUUCUAAAUUAAAACAAAAGUGUAGCCUUUUUUUAUUACUGUGUAAUAGUUGAUCGAUUUUUAAAGGACAGUAGUUUUUUUUGCAAGGGGUUGGGGUUUGGGUCAGUGGACGCGGUACUGGAUCAUUCCUGGAGAACUGGGGCACAAGUCUAACAGGGCUCUGAUGAUAUGGACAGAGACGGGAAGUUUAAUGAGAUCACAGUUUUGGAUUGACUGCAUGAUGUAAAUGUAUGUGUGAUUAAAUAAUUAUGAGAAAA